CCCGGGUCCGGCGAGCGGCGAGGGAGUCGCUCGCACAGCCGAGGCGCGGGAGGUGGGCGGCGGCCAGCUGAGCCUCUGCGGGGAGGAAGGCGCGGGUCCACGGCUUGAGACGCAGAAGCAGAGGAGCCCCGAGGAGCCGGCCAGCCGCAGAGGAAGAUGCCUAGUACCGACCUUCUCAAGUUGAAGGACUUCGAGCCUUAUUUGGAGAUUUUGGAAGCAUAUUCCACAAAAGCCAAGAAUUACGUGAAUGGGUACUGCACCAAAUAUGAGCCCUGGCAGCUCAUUGCCUGGAGUGUCCUGUGUACUCUACUGAUAGUCUGGGUAUAUGGGCUUAUCUUCCAGCCAGAGAGUUUAUGGUCUCGGUUUAAAAAUAAAUUAUUUAAGCUUAUAAGGAAGAUGCCAUUUAUUGGACGUAAGAUUGAACAACAGUUGAACAAAGCCAAGAAGGAUCUUGUCAAGAACAUGCCGUUCCUGAAGGUGGACAAAGAGUAUGUGAAGGCUCUGCCUGCUCAGGGUCUGAGCACAGCGGAGGUUCUGGAGAGACUCAAGGAGUACAGCUCCAUGGAUGUUUCCUGGCAAGAAGGGAAAGCCUCAGGAGCUGUGUACAGCGGGGAACCGAAGCUCACAGAGCUGCUGGUGCAGGCUUAUGGGGAAUUCACGUGGAGCAAUCCACUGCAUCCAGACAUCUUCCCUGGACUACGGAAGUUGGAGGCAGAAAUCGUAAGGAUGGCUUGUUCACUCUUCAAUGGGGGACCAGAUUCCUGUGGAUGUGUGACUUCUGGGGGAACAGAAAGCAUCCUCAUGGCCUGCAAAGCUUACCGGGACAUGGCCCUAGAGAAAGGAAUCAAAACUCCAGAAAUUGUGGCUCCUGAGAGUGCCCACGCCGCAUUCGACAAAGCAGCUCAUUAUUUUGGAAUGAAGAUUGUACGUGUUGCACAGAACAAGAACAUGGAGGUGGAUGUGCGGGCGAUGAAAAGAGCCAUCUCCAGGAACACAGCUAUGCUGGUCUGUUCUGCCCCACAGUUUCCUCAUGGUGUGAUAGAUCCUAUCCCUGAAGUGGCUAAGCUGGCUGUCAAAUAUAAAAUCCCAUUCCAUGUCGAUGCUUGUCUGGGGGGCUUCCUCAUUGUCUUCAUGGAGAAAGCAGGGUACCCACUGGAGAAACCAUUUGAUUUCCGGGUGAAAGGUGUGACCAGCAUUUCAGCAGAUACUCAUAAGUACGGCUAUGCUCCCAAAGGUUCAUCAGUGGUGUUGUACUCUAACGAGAAGUACAGGAAGUACCAGUUCUUUGUUGGUGCAGAUUGGCAAGGUGGCAUCUACGCAUCUCCAAGCAUGGCUGGCUCACGGCCUGGUGGCAUCAUUGCAGCCUGUUGGGCCACCUUGAUGUACUUUGGUGAGAACGGCUAUGUUGAAGCUACCAAACAGAUCAUCAAAACUGCUCGCUUCCUCAAGUCAGAACUGGAAAACAUCAAAAACAUCUUCAUUUUGGGGAAUCCUCAAUUGUCAGUUCUUGCUCUGGGAUCCAAUGAUUUUGACAUCUACCGACUAUCUAAUAUGAUGUCUGCUAAGGGGUGGAAUUUUAACUACUUGCAGUUCCCUAAAAGCAUUCAUUUCUGCAUUACGUCAGUACAUACUCGGAAGCGAGUGGCAAUCCAGUUCCUAAAGGAUAUCCGAGAAUCAGUCACACAAAUCAUGAAGAAUCCUAAAGCUAAGACUACAGGAAUGGGUGCCAUCUACGGCAUGGCCCAGGCAACCAUUGACAGGAAGAUGGUUGCAGAAAUAUCCUCCGUCUUCCUGGACAGCCUUUACAGUACAGACCCUGUGACUCAGGACAGCCAGAUGAACGGUUCUCCAAAGCCCCGCUGAACUUUGACCCAUGGAGCUUCAGGCCUUCAGAAGGUUCUUGGCAUUUGGAACAGACCACACACAACUUGACGUCUGGACUGGCUCCUUGGAGCACAUUAGGACAAACCGUAAGAUAGCUUCAGCCUCAGGACUCCGUUGUUUCCUUUUGGGGCUUUUAGUUUGAAGACCCUGAAGGAUUCCACUGCAUAAUGGGUCUGCCUUGGUUAUUAAUGUUACCCUGGAAAUUGUUUUAACCAUAUUUUUCUCUAACGUCUUUAGCAUCGUCUUCACUUAAUCAUUGUGUGGUGACUCUGACCUGUCUUGAUUGCUUAGGGAAAAAGUGUGAGAUAGCAAGAGGGUGUCUCUGCUACCUCAGUGGACUGUUCUGGCUGUCAGGAAGGAGGCGUUUAUGUACUGUGUUCCCCAGGUGGGUGUUAGUCUAUCCCACGCAGGGGGAGAUUUCAGCCUCUGCUUCAGGAGAAGCUGCUUGUCUCUCAGGAUCACUGUCAUUACAACUUGCUUUACUUUUCCAAGCACAGGUUGACCAGUCUACUGGCCUCUUUUUUUUUUUUAAAAUGACUGGAGUAUAUUCCCGUGGCAGGGUUUGAAGUGCUCCAUUACCUUAUGCAUGACUAUGGCUGCUGCCAUCUUUGGAGAUGCUUGUUGGCAGUGAUAUUCACACUUGUUUUUUCUUAUUGCUGUAGGGUAGGAAAUGAACAUGUUGUUCAGAGAAUCUAGGGCUUUCUGGCUAUUGGCGCUGCCUCUCUGGAUGGAGGAGUAGAUCUCUCCUGGGCCAGAGGAGCCAAAACUAGACCCUUUCCCAUAUUUUCCUGAACGGCAGCAUAGGUAAGCACCUACGUCGUGCACAGGUGGUUGGUGGUCUUCCCCUUCAGCAUUGCCUUAAGCCUUCAUGUAGUGAGAAUCUGUUUUUAAUGAAGAAAACACUCCACAAGUGUCCUUGACUUCCUCAGUGGGUGUGAAGAUGUGCAGAGGACGCUUACUCCAUCAGUGUCUUCUUCCUGCUCCUUCCCUCCCUUUAUUCAGCUUCCAAAGGUACGACGCCAUUUUAGCUUCAGGUACUGGACGUUCCUCAGGCCCCACUGAAAGGAAGCAGCAUAGGGCAAGAGGCAUUUUGGAGUAGAAAGGGAUGGCUACAGCUAUUACACUUGGGGCCUGGGAUUCCUUCAUGACUGAUUGCCCAGGGCUAUCCAGGGACAGGACCAAUCCCUGGCCAACUUCCCAUUUGCUUCUCCCUUUUAGGGAUUGGGGGCUCUGAGGUAGGCCGAGCCCCUGUCCUGCUCUGAUGACCAUACCAUGUGCCUUUCUUCCCAUCAGUGAGUAACAAGCUAACUCCUCACCCAGGCCCUGGCAGAAAUGGACCACUCUUUGAGGUGUGUCUGUUUGUAGGAGAGAAUUUGGGACUAAUCACCAGAAGCCAUGCUUUGUUCCUUCCCCUUCUCAGGGAUUCCUGAGUAUUCAGCCUGAGUAUUGCUGGCUGGGAGAGCCAAACCACCAGACUCUCCUCACCCUCCUUGGGAAGUGGUCUUCAGCACUGUUCUGACCCCAUAGCUAUUACCAGCUGGCUCAUUGCAGUCAUGUGCAUGUGUCCACUUCCUUCUGUAUGCUCUAUAGUGCACUGUGAGGCUCAGGGAUGGUUGGUGUUGAUGUGUGUCAGAGAGAGACUGAGUUCCUGAGCUCACACACUUCCAGUGGUUAGGGCUACGCAGUACUUGUCUCUGGGCUUACAAUGUUUCACGCUGGAGAGGUCCAGGGACCACCCAGCAGGCACCACUGUCUUGCCAGUGGCUAAAAUGGAGAAGCAUCCUUUAUAGUCUCAGCAGAGCCAGGGACCAAGUCGCUCCCUUCCUUUGUGGUAGCACUGGCGUGGGGUGCUGGUAUUUUUCAGAGGGACCUGCUGCAGCCAUUUUAAUUCAUGAUUAGGAACCUUAGUGUGACUUAAGACUUUCAUUGUGUGUUUAUGUGUGCAUGCCGUGGCUAGCUGGUGACAGGAGUGGGUAGGGUGUCUAGUGUCAUGGUAUCAUGUGGCUUAGUAGGUGCCACAGUAGCUUCUGCAAACUCUGCACUGUCUUGUCUGUCUUGUUUCUGUAGUAGAUGUAGGUAGUCAUGUGACUAUACUGCCGUGUCACUUUUAAUAUGACCAGUUUUAUACUUGGAAAAUGGUACUUGCCUCUUCGAAAUCUGUUUUGUCUCCUCUCAUGUCCCCACCAUUUCCAUGUCUUUCCUAACUGCAGCAAUAACUCUUCAAAAGCAAUUGAAUAAUAAACAUCCCAAACUGUAA